AUGUCUAGUACAGAGGUGCCUCUCCCGAAGACCGAGUCCUCACUCUCUUUUACUCAAGGCUUGCUUCUGGGCCAGCUCUCGAUUGUAAUUUUGAUUGGAGCAUUCAUCAAAUUCUUUAUAUUCGGCGAGGCGCCAUCGCCUGAUGUGACGGCCGCAUUACGCGCAACAGAACGACGCUCACGAACCCUCGCACACAAACGAUCCCUCCUCUCUCUACGAAGCACAGCACAGCGGCAGGCUUCUCAGCCUCUAAACCGGAAGCGCUCCAAUGUUUUGCGUGGCCCCCCUCCAUUGACGACUACCACGAUCCUCAAUAAAACAUAUUACAAUGUCGACAGCCACCAGCCGGAGAGCCUGGACUGGUUCAAUGUCCUGAUUGCACAGACGAUUGCACAGUUCAGAAGCGAUGCUCAGCAUGAUGAUGCGAUUCUUACUUCUCUUACGAGGGCGCUGAAUGGAUCUUCGCGGCCGGAUUUCCUGGAUGAAAUCAAAGUCACUGAAAUAAGUCUCGGCGAGGACUUCCCCAUCUUUAGCAAUUGUAGGGUCAUACCGGUAGAUGAGGACGGGCUAAGCCUAGGGACAGGAAGAGGUGGUGAAGGCGGGAGUGCUGGGAGAGACCAUGGUAGGUUGCAGGCUCGAAUGGAUGUGGAUCUCAACGAUUUCAUUACCUUGGCCCUGGAAACGAAGUUGCUGCUCAAUUAUCCCAAGCCCCUCGUAGCCGUUUUACCAGUUGCUCUAGCAGUAUCCGUGGUUCGAUUCAGUGGAACAUUAUCUAUAUCUUUCGUUCCCGGGAGUCCAUUGAACGCAACAACGCUGGCAUUUAGUUUCUUGGACGAUUACAGACUCGACUUUUCCAUACGAAGUUUACUAGGGAGUCGGUCACGGUUACAGGAUUUGCCCAAGAUUGCACAGCUAGUAGAAGCACGCUUACAUACGUGGUUUGAUGAGCGUUGUGUUGAGCCACGGUUCCAGCAGAUUGAGUUGCCCAAUCUUUGGCCGAGAAAGAAGAAUACAAGAGGUGGUGAUGAUGCGCCCUCAGAACCUGCUAGCAUAAGUAGAGCGAAGGGAAAGGAGUUCGAGAGGGACUUGAGGCAUGAAGCAAGGAGAGAAGUUGAGGCUGAAGCUAGAGCAAAAGCUGAUGAGGACAGGGUAGAACAGGAGGGCUUGCGAUUGAGGAGGAGAGCAAGGGGAGAGGAGUACGCAAUGCCAGGAUCUAUGCCCGGAUUGAGUAUGAAUAUUACUUGA